UUGAAAAAAAAAACAGGGAAGCAAGCAAAGAUUCUUGAGGCUCCCCCUUCGAAUCCGCGCAGCCAAAAUCUGAUUUGUAAAAUUACUCACAGAUUUUUCUUCUAACAGUCUCCUUCGAUUCCCACCAUUGACGUCAACACAAAGCUUUCAGCUCACAAUAAAGAAUCUGUGCGCUGCUGACGACGCUUCUCUCUCCCUUGACUAUAGCUUCCGUGAGUUGUGUGUGUGAUUUUUGGUUCAGAUUUUUUUGAAAUUUUCCUGUUGGAUUUGUUUUUAUUGAGAUUUAGGUGUUGAGUUCUUCGUAGCUAGCGUUAGGUUGCAUGUAAUUUAGAAACGAAAUGGGCUCUCUAGAAUCUGGGAUCCCUCCGAUCAAAAGAGAGAGGCAACACCACCACCCGUUACUGCAGAGAAACAGAUCCAGAUCCUUUCUCUUCAAGAGGUUCAGUUACAUCCAGUGGAUUUGCUCCACGUGCGUCUUCUUCUUCUUCGUCGUCCUAUUCCAAAUGUUCCUACCCGGCCUCGUCGUCAUCGACAAAUCUGAUAAACCGCCAUGGAGGAGUAUCGAGAAGGAGCUUCUCCCGCCUGAUAUGCUCGUUUUCAAGGAGAGAGGCGUCCUCAGUUUCGGUAACGAUGUUAGAUUAGAGCCUACCAAGCUCCUGAUGAGUUUCCAGAGAGAUAAUACACAGACUAGUAGUAAUGGUUUCAAUACGACUACGCAGCGUUUUGGAUUCCGAAAGCCGAAGCUAGCUCUGGUUUUUGCUGAUCUGUUAGCUGAUCCGGAGCAGCUGUUGAUGGUGACUGUCUCCAAUGCACUGCUAGAGAUUGGAUAUGCUAUUGAGGUGUACUCUCUCCAAGACGGCCCUGUUCAUGGAAUCUGGCAGCAAAUGGGAGUUUCAGUCACUAUACUCGACUCUAACCGUGCGUCAAGUUGUGUCAUCGACUGGCUCUCCUAUGAUGGCGUCAUUGUAAACUCUCUCGAAGCUAGGAGUAUGUUUACUUGCUUCAUGCAAGAACCUUUCAAAUCUAUACCUCUUGUUUGGGCCAUCAAUGAUGAAACUCUCGCUGUUCGGUCUAGACAGUAUAGCUCAACAGGGCAUACCGAACUCCUAACCGAUUGGAAAAAGAUUUUCAGCCGGGCAUCGGUUGUAGUCUUCCAUAACUAUCUCCUUCCGAUUCUCUACUCCGAGUUUGAUGCUGGCAACUUUUAUGUGAUUCCCGGAUCACCUAAAGAAGCAUGGAAAGCAAAGAAUAUGGACUUUCCACCGAAAGAUGACAUUGUCAUUUCCAUUGUGGGAAGUCAGUUCUUGUACAAAGGUCAAUGGCUGGAACAUGCUCUACUUCUGGAAGCUCUACGGCCGUUGUUUUCAGGCUAUAACAGUGAGAGUUAUAAUUCCCAUCUCAAGAUCAUAGUUUUAGGUGGAGAGUUGGCUUCCAACUACAGCGUAGCUAUUGAGACAAUUUCCCAGAACUUGACAUAUCCAAAAGAUGCUGUGAAGCAUGUAAGCGUCGCAGGGAAUGUUGAUAAGAUACUGGAAAGUUCUGAUCUUGUCAUAUACGGAUCAUUUCUUGAGGAGCAAUCUUUUCCAGAAAUUUUGAUGAAGGCCAUGGCACUGGGGAAACCGAUAGUCGCACCAAACCUCUUGAAUAUUAAGAAACAUGUCGAUGACAGGGUUAGUGGGUAUCUUUUCCCCAAGGAGAACCCUAAGGUUCUGUCGCAGAUUGUGCUUGAAGUGAUCACAGAAGGUAAAAUAUCUCCGUUGGCUCAGAAUAUUGGCUUGAUGGGGAAAACAGCUGUUAAAAAUAUGAUGGCUGUGGAAAGCAUAGAAGGUUAUGCGACUCUACUGGAGAACAUUCUCAAGUUUUCUUCAGAAGUUGCUUCUCCUAAGGAUUUACAGACAAUUCCUCCAAAACUGAGAGAAGGGUGGAGCUGGCAUCUGUUCGAAGCUCUCAUGGAUGAAUCGCCUAAUAAUAGAACAGCCAGAAGCUAUGAGUUCAUAGCGAAUGUUGAGGGACACUGGAACCAAACAUCAGGAGAUUCUACGAAAUCUCGGGUUGUAAAUGAUGAUUCAUUUGUAUAUGAGAUAUGGGAAGGUGAGAGAUAUAUUCAGACAAUUAACAGUAAAAAAAGACAAGAAGAUGAGGAGCUGAAAGGCAGAGCCUUGCAGUAUCAGGGGACGUGGGAGGAAGUAUAUAAAAGCGCCAAAAGGGCAGACCGAAGUAAGAAUGAUCUACAUGAGAGGGAUGAAGGGGAGCUGGAACGAACCGGUCAACCUUUAUGCAUAUAUGAACCUUAUUUUGGUGAAGGAACUUGGUCGUUUCUACAUGAGUAUCCCCUCUAUCGUGGAGUAGGCAUGUCAGUUAAAGGAAGGAGACCUGGGAUGGGUGAUAUCGAUGCAUCAUCACGUCUUCCGCUUUUCAACCAACCGUACUAUCGCGAUGCUCUUGGUGACUUUGGAGCAUUUUUUGCAAUUUCAAACAAGAUUGAUCGAGUACACAGGAAUGCAUGGAUUGGCUUUCAGUCCUGGAGAGCGACCGCUAGGAAGGAAUCUUUAUCCGAAAUUGCUGAGAACGCAUUGCUUAAUGCUAUAAAAACACGCAAACACGGAGAUGCCUUGUAUUUUUGGGUUCGCAUGGACAAAGAUCCGAGGAAUCCUCUGAAGAAACCCUUUUGGUCGUUCUGUGAUGCCAUAAAUGCUGGGAACUGCAGGUUUGCUUACAACGAAACUUUAAAGAAAAUGUACAGUGUCAAAAAUUUAGACUCACUGCCUCCAAUGCCUGAGGAUGGGGAUACAUGGUCUGUGAUGCAGAGCUGGGUGUUGCCAACAAGAUCCUUCGUAGAGUUUGUCAUGUUCUCAAGGAUGUUUGUGGAUUCUUUGGAUGCACAAAUGUAUGAAGAGCAUCAUCGAACAAACCGUUGCUAUCUGAGUUUAACCAAAGACAAGCAUUGCUAUUCACGGGUACUAGAGCUUCUGGUGAACGUAUGGGCAUACCACAGCGCGAGACGCAUUGUCUACAUAGAUCCUAUAACUGGUUUGAUGGAGGAGCAACACAAACAAAUGAACCGGAGAGGAAAAAUGUGGGUGGACUGGUUCGGUUACACAACUCUGAAAACAAUGGACGAGGAUCUUGCAGAGGAAGCAGACUCAAACGACCGUCGUGUGGGUCACUGGCUAUGGCCAUGGACAGGUGAGGUGGUGUGGCGAGGCUCAUUAGAGAAAGAGAGGCAAAGAAAGAACGUAGAGAAAGAGGAGCAGAAGAAGAGAAGUAAAGAUAAGCUGGAUAGAAUGAGAAGAAAAAGUCAUCGCCAGAAAGCAAUCGGCAAAUAUAUUAAACCGCCUCCUGAAAACGCAAACGUUACUACUUUGUUAAACGCAGACGCUUAAAGAAAAAAAAACAGAU